UUUCGAUGUUCGAGGCAGAGCGUUCAACAAGGCUCGCCAUUGGUCAGACCCGAAAAUUUUUGGACCAAGAGCAUACUUCGUGACAGUUUCCAAACCAGCCGCUCUCACGUUGGAUGGAGUCCAGCUAGACGAUGAGGGAGUGUAUAGAUGUAGAGUGGACUUCCGGACGUCCCGUACUAGAAAUUUCGCCAUUAACCUCACUGUUAUAGUUCCUCCUCAUCAACUUUUGAUAUACGACAACUCUGGAAGAGACGUUUCAGGAGUUGUGGGACCACUUGAAGAAAAAUCUGACUUAAUACUCACUUGUGAAGUGAGAGGAGGUCGUCCUACUCCUACUGUUUCCUGGUUCAUGAACGAUAGAAUAAUAGAAGGUCACGUGGAAGCUAUUGGAAACCACGUGAUUGUCAACAGACUAGAUGUGAAUUCCGUCACCAGAGAUCAUCUCAAUUCCACAUACAAGUGCCAAGCAAGUAAUACCAAGUUGAUGAUGCCAGUAGAGAAGACAGUUAGACUUGAGCUUUUGCUACGACCAUUAUCAGUUUUGCUAACAACUAAACCGAAACAACUAGUAGCAGAUGAGGAAAUAUCUGUCCAGUGUGAAGUAAUAGGAUCUAGACCGAAAGCUCUCGUCACUUGGACUAGAGAUAAUCGACCCUUCAGAAGAGGAAAGGUGAUAGAAGAGGGCAAUGACACUUCAGUGAUAACAACAAUAACAUUUGUUCCUGUUCCCGAAGAUGACGGAAGCAUCUUCAGAUGUAUCGGCGAAAAUCCAAAACUUAACGGAGUGGGUUUGGAGGAUUACUUCAGGCUGAAUGUUGUCUAUCCUCCUCAAGUGGUCCUCCAUCUGGGAAAUACGUUAAAUCCAGAAGACAUAAAAGAAGGAGAUGACGUAUACUUCGAGUGCAGCAUCAAAGCCAACCCCAAACAACACAAGAUCUCCUGGUAUCAUGAUGGAAUCCUCGUGAAUCAGAAUAUGUCUUCAGGGAUCAUAAUAAGCACGCACAGUUUGGUUCUUCAGAAAGUGACAAGAUGGCAGAGCGGUUCCUACACCUGCCUCGCUGCGAAUCCAAGAGGGGAAUCCAUGAGUGAACCAGUCAAACUCCGUAUCAGAUAUGCUCCUGUCUGUAGCAGAGACACUGACAUUACAAUUAUCGGCGCCUCGCUGGACGAGGUGAUCAAAGUGAGAUGCCAAGUAGCAGCUGAUCCUGCAGACGUCAAUUUCCUGUGGCAAUUCAACAACAGCGGCGAAAGCUUUGACGUAUCUCCCGCUCGAUUCGCGACAUCUAGUGGAAACGUUAGCGAACUGAUGUAUACGCCAGCUUCGCAAAGAGACUACGGUACGCUGACUUGUCUAGGGACCAACUCUAUAGGGCGACAGAUGGAUCCCUGUGUUUUCCAGGUUGUUCCAGCCUCCAAACCCAGCUCUCUGACCAACUGCACCCUUCGCACCGCCAACAACCAAACCUCAGAGACAGUUGAAGUAGAAUGCAGAGCUGGCUAUGACGGCGGAUUACCUCAACGAUUUCUCCUCGAAGCAUACGAUGCGAAGACGAUGAGGCUGAGGAUGAACUUCACAGUGGCCGAUACCGAGUCACCGAUCUUCAGACUUGACUUGGGGGAGUUGCUACCUUCACCUCCGUCCCUGCGCAUACUGGUAUACGCUGAAAAUGCUAAAGGAAAGAGCGAAAAAGUAGUUCUGGACGAUAUACUACUCAAUGAUGCAGAGAAACGAACUGAUGGCAGCAACAACGUUAGCCUGGUGCCUCUUGCUGGACUAUUGACCGGAUCCCUUCUAACGCUUGGCAUGGCUGUACUAGUGAUUGUGGUAGUGGCCGUGCGAAGGAAAAGAGAAUGUGAUGGUCGCUUACAUUGUCCACAUCAUCUGAAUAUAGAUGCUUCCAAACAAGCCUCAAAAUCCAGACAGGGUUCCAUGCUGGAAAUCAACACCGGCGACAACCGUUACGUGGUAGCCUACACGUUGAAGCCGGCCUCCGAUUGCGCUCCUCUGCCUUCACCGCAGGCCACUAUGUCCCCGCCCGAUCCUCGUCGACAACCCGACAUUUUGAACACCCCUAGAGGUGAGUGUCGGUGUUUGUGUCAUUGUCGACACCGGCCGAAAUUGUCGACCUUCAAGCACUUCGAUGACGUAUAGUGGCAUGUACUAGAUGUAGCAUCCAUAACUAGUUGUAAAGUCGAUGGGGCAUGUGUAGGCCAAAUGGCAUGCGAACCAAUUCAUCAGAUUCAAUAGUAGAUUCAAAAUUUGUGGGAAAAAAAUGGUAAAAGGGUAUUUUGUAGAUAUACUAUUCUAGCUUUGAUUUAUUGGGGGUCAAUUUAGAAUAUGCUCCAUUCAAUAACUUUAAUAGCUGCAGUGUGAGAUGUCAAAUAUCUUUUUGGAUCUGUUCAACGGUACAUUUUUAAACAAUUCAUUCGGAAAGGCAUCAAUGAAAUUUCACAUUUCAAAUAUAACGUUCAAACUCAUGUUAGUUAGAACUUGGAGAUGACAGAAAAUAUAUCAAACACGUUAACAAUUAAAUUAUGAGUUGGAAGUAUCUUGUUUAUUUUUGAGAAUGAAACAGUAUUCAAAUGACUGUUCUGAUGGACAUUCGCUGAGCAUGCUCUGUGUAACAUCAAAUUGUAGGUUGCUAAUUUAUUACUGUUGGCAGGAACGAAUCACUUGGGAGUCUGUGAUGGUCAGGUUAUAGAAUGUUGAUGAUCUCAUACCACCUAGUAACAGCUUCAUCCAUCAAUUAAUUCAUUUAUAAUGAUUUUUAUUGGUAUCAAAAUCUCUAGCAUUUCUUUUAGAGAUUUUUCAUAUCAAAAUAUAUUCACAAUCUAUCCUUUUUUGAUGAGAAAAAAUAAGAUUUUCAUGAAGAUUCUCAAGUUCAAUGAUAAAAGUUCCAUUUUAGAUUCCAAGCCAUCUAUCACCGCAUGAAUAUUUUAUGUAAUUAAACUAACUCUAUUUCAUUCUCAUAUCGAUGCCGUCCAUAACUGUUCUCUUGCAACUGUAACCAUUCUCCAUCUGUCAUAUUCUCAAAAUUAUUGUUAAACAUGAAUUAUGUAUGCGCGAAACAAAAUAAAUUCACUGAAAUUGAAUAAAUCAUAUUUUCAUUGUUCAAUAAUGAUCCGAGACAUUUUAUGAGAUGAUGGAGAAUUGCGAUAUAGUUGUAAGUUUUCAGUUAAUUUGCAUGUUUUCAAUUAAAUAUAUGACUUUCUAUAACCAUUACUUUUAAUCAGAAAGAAACUCGAAUAUAUGUCAUUCAGCUUCCGCUAAAUUUAAGCCCUGUUAAAUACCUGCUUCUUGAUUUUUAUGAAAAUUAUUUUUGUAUAUUUUUUUAUAUU